ACUAGAGAUAAUCGCAACCUUUGAACACUUCUCUGUUAGUUAUUACUACGGGGCGGUGUGGAUUGGCAAAUGUUCGUCAUGUUCCGCACAUUACAACACCUGCUUUCCUUCAUCGCCAUAUGCAUCUUACUACCCCUCCACACGUCCUGUGUAGACUACCGUGAGCUGGGGACCUUUAACGUGGACGUCCCGGCGUUCUCCACCUUGGUGCGGCCCACGGUUGAACCUCUGUCCGCCGAUUCUGAUGAAGUGUACGAUCUGCUUCUGUCCGCGUUCAACCCUCAGCCAGGCGUCGUCGACCAUGUCUGGGGUGUACAUGAUAUCGGGAGGACCAUUAACGAACCAGACAAAAUACAACUUACCCUGAUCAGUGACGAUUUUGUCUGGCCAAACGAAGUCAGCUUAGUGCCAGAGACGGUUUUCGCUGAAUCAGGAGUGGUUUGCGUCUGUUCCGGCCGUUUCCCACCCAAAAACAAUGGAUCCGUGGCACUCAUACCGGGGUGGCCGGGUAACGUAGGUGAGCCAGUGCUGAUCUCCGGCGCCUCCCAGCGGCAGCUGUGGUCCUACACCCGAGCGGCACAGUGGGUAGACAUGAAUGGGGACAACCUGUUGGAUGCUGUAGUAGCGAGGUUCUCAUUUGUUCUAAUCCCUCCAAAUCCUCCGUCAUUCCAAGGUGAACUAGUUUGGUUUGAGCAACCACAGUCCGGUGGGCUACAAACUCCCGACUGGUCACCCCAUGUGGUCAUCCAGGGUCCGGAGUUCUUGUCCUUGCCUGUCCGACUGACCAUUGCAGGAGCUGGAGAGAAACUGGCGAUCCUCUGUCCGGAGUAUUUUGGCGGGAAGUUGCGAGUCGUGUGGACAGAAGACCCAGGAGACAUCUGGACAGACACGACUCUGAUCAGAACUGCAACCAUUGAAGAGGAUGGCGAGCGGUACUUUGAUCUUCAGGUGACUGACGUGAACAAAGAUGGAAAAGACGACUUGCUGGUGGUAACAAGUAGUGAAACGAAUGGGACCGUCCGAGUGUACGAAAUUCCUGACGAUUUUCGGACUGGUACCUGGGAACGACAUACUAUCGCCAGUGGCUUCUCUGUCCCAGGAAACAUGACGCAGGGCAAAGGGACACCAGGGAUGGCCAUACCGCUGAGGUUUGCCAGUGAUUUGAAAAAGCCAACCAUCCUGAUAUCUGGGGACGACGACAGGCACGCGUACCUUCUCGUUCCCAGCAGUGACGACCCUGCAGACUGGUCCUACGACAAGCGCCCCCUGCUGAGCAGUACAGGUAUUGUAGGUGGCAUCUCCUCUGCAGACAUAGAUGGUGACGGGAGUAUAGAGGCCAUCAUUCCUGCAUACGGUGAAGAUAAGGUCCACGUCUUCAGGUUCACAGAUGAAACGGACGGAAGUGUCACCAAGCCUACUGGUCCUGCUGGUCAGGUGGGCUUGGCUGGUGCAUUAUGGGUAGCUUCCUCCAUAAAAACAUGCCUGUGUGUUUGUGUGUGUUUCUGUAUGUUUGUGGUCAGCAUAACUUAGUGCUAUGCUUCCACAACUGCUGACUGAUAACCUAACCAAUGAAUUGUGACUACAUUUAAAUUCGGCAUGUGGGUAGGUCUUGGGAAGGGAUCCUCUGCAAUGCAGAAGAAAUCAAGAUAUUAGGUGUACAGCACCUACAGAAUUGAUAUGCCUAUAUAUCUGUCAAAAAAUGGAUGACACAAUGUCAUCUCUCCUAAUAACUAAAAUAACACUACAUGUAUUUCAAACCUCAACCUUUAUUUCAAUCAACAUCUUGAUAUGAUAAUUUCACAUAUACAUGUUGUUGUUGUAUAAGUGAAAGCAGAACAGUCUCCACUUAUAAUGCUACAACGCAUAAAGGCAAUAAGCUAGGAUUGAAAUGAUAUCUAUAGACUGUGCAUAUAUCAUCAUCCCAGCACUGUAACAGUUAAUACAUGUAGCUUCCUGAAUUACUAAUAUCUGUUUCCUCAAGGAAACAUAACGAUGUUACAAAUUAAGUGCCAGUACUUGAGAUUCUGGACAGUGGUUGCUUAUUAAAACUGCCAGGCUGUA